GUGAUGGAUCUGGCUUAUGUCUGUGAGUGGGAGAAAUGGCCCAAGAAUACCUACUGCCCGUCAGUGCCCCUGGCCUGCGCCUGGUCCUGCCGCAACCUCAUUGCCUUCACCACAGACCUCCGGAAUGACGAUCAAGACCUGACCCGCAUGAUCCACAUCCUGGACACGGAGCACCCCUGGGAUGUGCACUCCAUCGACUCGGAGCAUGGAGAGGCCAUCACCUGCCUGGAGUGGGACCAGUCAGGCUCCCGGCUCCUCUCGGCUGAUGCUGAUGGGCGGAUCAAGUGCUGGAGCAUGGCGGACCACCUGGCCAAUAGCUGGGAGAGCCCAGUGGGCAGCCUGGUGGAGGGGGACCCCAUCGUGGCCCUGUCCUGGCUGCACAAUGGAGUGAAGCUGGCCUUGCACGUAGAAAAAGUGCUGCUGUGCGCUUCCAGCCAGACCAAUAGCCUCGUGGAGUGCUGGUCCCUGCGGAAGGAAGGCCUCCCAGUGAACAACAUUUUCCAGCAGAUCUCGCCCGUGGUCGGCGACAAGCAGCCCAUGAUCCUCAAGUGGCGGAUCCUGUCGGCGACCAACGACCUGGACCGCGUGUCAGCCGUGGCGCUGCCCAAGCUGCCCAUCUCACUCACCAACACUGACCUCACCGUGGCCAGCGACACUCAGUUCUACCCUGGCCUUGGGCUGGCCCUAGCCUUCCACGACGGCAGUGUCCACAUCGUGCACCGCCUCUCCCUGCAGACCAUGGCCGUCUUCUAUAGCUCCACGGCCCCACGGCCUGUGGAUGAGCCAGCCAUCAAGCGUCCGCGGACCAUGGGCCCCGCCGUGCACUUCAAGGCCAUGCAGCUCUCCUGGACCUCCCUGGCCCUUGUGGGCAUCGACAACUACGGGAAGCUGAACAUGCUGCGCAUCUCGCCCUCCAUGGGCCACACGCUGGACAUGACCCUGGCCCUGCGUCACCUGCUCUUCCUGCUGGAGUACUGCAUGGUGACCGGCUACGACUGGUGGGACAUCCUGCUGCACGUGCAGCCUGGCAUGGUGCAGAGCCUGGUAGAGAAGCUGCACGAGGAGUACACGCGCCAGAACGCCUCGCUGCAGCAGGUGCUGUCCACGCGGAUCCUGGCCAUGAAGGCCUCGCUCUGCAAGCUCUCGCCCUGCACGGUGACGCGCGUGUGCGACUACCACGCCAAGCUCUUCCUCAUCGCCAUCAGCUCCACGCUCAGGUCACUGCUGCGCCCCCACUUCCUCAACACGCCAGACAAGAGCCCUGGUGACCGGCUGACUGAGAUCUGCUCCAAGAUCACUGAUGUUGACAUUGACAAGGUGAUGAUCAACCUGAAGACAGAGGAGUUUGUCCUGGACAUGAACACGCUUCAGGCGCUGCAGCAGCUCCUGCAGUGGGUGGGCGACUUCGUCCUCUACCUGCUGGCCAGCCUGCCCAACCAGGGCGCCCCGCUGCGGCCCGGCCACAGCUUCCUGCGGGACGGCAGCUCACUGGGCAUUCUGCGGGAGCUCAUGGUCGUCAUUCGUAUCUGGGGCCUGCUGAAGCCCAGCUGCCUGCCCGUGUACACGGCCACCUCAGACACCCAGGACAGCAUGUCCCUGCUCUUCCGCCUGCUCACCAAGCUCUGGAUCUGCUGCCGUGACGAGGGUCCCAGCAGUGAGCCGGAUGAGGCGCUCGUGGACGAGUGCUGCCUGCUGCCCAGCCAGCUGCUCAUCCCCAGCCUGGACUGGCUGCCGGUCAGCGACGGCCUCAUCAGCCGCCUGCAGCCCAAGCAGCCCCUGUGGCUGCACUUCGGCCGGGCGCCCACCCUGCCGGGCAGCACUGCCGCCUCGCAGCUCGACGCUGUCGCCAGGGCACCAGGCCAGCCCAAGAUUGACCACCUCCGCAGGCUGCACCUGGGGGCCUACCCCACCGAGGAGUGCAAGGCCUGCACCAGGUGUGGCUGUGUGACCAUGCUCAAGUCGCCCAAUAAGACGACGGCGGUGAAGCAGUGGGAGCAACGCUGGAUCAAGAACUGCCUGUGUGGGGGGCUCUGGAGACGCAUGCGGCUCAGCCAGCCCUGA